ACAGCAAUGACUACACUAACGACGUCAACAUCUACUGAAAUGAUUACAUCCCCAACACUUACAUCACCAUCAUCAUCAUCAUCAUCAUCUCCAUCAUCAUCAUCACCACCAUCAUUAUCAUCCUCAUCAUCUCAAUCAUCACAAUCAUCUCCAUCAUCACCAACACCUAACUCAUCAUUAUCAUCAGCAUCAUCAUCAUUAUCAUUACCACCAACAUCUCCGUCAUCAGCAUCAUCUUCAUCAUCACCAUCAUCAUCAUCAUCGUCGCCAUCAUCACCACAAUCACCAUCAUCAUCACAAUCAUCAUCAUCAUCAUCCCUAUCAUUACCACCAACAUCUCUGUCAUCAUUAUCAUCACCACCAUCAUUAUCAUCAUCAUCGUCGUCGUCGUCGCCAUCAUCACCAUUAUUAACUUUGCCAUCAUCAUCAUCUCCAUCAUCAUCAUCAUCGUUGACAUCAUCACCAUCAUCAUCAUCAUCACCAUCAUCAUCGUCAUCGCCGUCAUCAUCACAAUCAUCAUCAUUGCAAACAUCAACAUCAUCAUCAUCACCCUCACCACCAUCAACAUCAUUAACUACACCAACAACAGCUUCGUCGGUAACAACAUCAACAACAAAGACCACAUCGACAGCUUCGUUGACCACAACAAGAACACGUGCGCCAUUACCAAAGCUGUUUAUUGCACCGUGUAUUUGCUACUUUAAUAAAACAUUUGUUAAUAUGACGAAAGACGAAAUUAUCACACUACUUGUAAACGAUAUUAAAAUUGACGAAAAAUCAACUUCACUUGAACAAUCAAAGUCAAAGUGUGCCUCUGACUUAAGAACUUCUUCAAAAGUGAUGGGAAGUGUAGCUGUAAUAGUCCUAUGUUCUUUAGGAAGUUUUGUGUUAUGUAUGGAUUUACUUACCUUAAGAAAAAGGCUACGGUCAAAGACAAAAGGCAAGCGUAGCAAACCGUCUCGAAAAAAGAAAACAUAG